AUGGUGUCCACAAGAAGUAGACCAGCUGAAGUACCCACUAGACCCCCCAUGAUGGAAGUGGCGGGCGCCGGUCCCUCAUCUGACAUAUCUCGCAUUCUGGAAGCUCAGGCUAGAAUGCAACAAGAGUUCGCAGAAUAUAAAAAAAGGAAUGUAGACGAAAUGGAAGCCCUAAGAAAAGAGAACUCACGACUCAAGAGGAAGAUUGAAGCAGACAAGGCGGUGGGAGGACCUGGGAUCGUCCCUUCUAGGGCAGACCCCCCACCCGCCACUAAAGAAGAAAAUGAAUACAAGCCCCCGGACCACACUACUGGUGGCAACUACAGCCCUUUCGCUUCCCGAAGAAACCGUAGGCACCUGUUUGUCGACGAAAUCGUAGAAACGUCACUCCCUCAUAAGUGGAAGGCUCCAACCGUCACCUACGAUGGCACUACUGACCCAUACGAGUUCAUAUCAAUCUAUACCAACCAGGUCGCCCUCUAUUCGACUGACGACGCCGUCCUGUGCAAAUCCUUUUCUGUUGCGCUCAGAGGAUCGGCGUUAGAAUGGUUCAUGAGCCUACAACCCUACACUAUAGAUUCCUUCAACACACUUACCACUUCUUUCACCACCCAGUUCGACACCAGCCGCCGACACGAUCUCACAUCCAUGUCGCUCUUGAACCUAAGACAGGAGGAAGGAGAGUCCCUUCAUACUUUCAUUGACAAAUUCGGUGUAAUCGCCAUGAAGAUCAAGGAUCUCACCCCAAACUUAAUACUGCAUUAUAUGGUAAUGGCACUAAGGCCAGGACCAUUUGCUGAUGAGCUCGCCAUGCGCUCGCCGCUGGGAAUGCAUGAACUACGAAAGAGAGCAUCGAUGUUUAUCAGAGUCGAAGAGAUGCGGCAUUACCAAGAUAGGUUCUGGGCCCCCAACCCAUCUAGAGGCCAAGAGGGCCGGCAGGGAACUCGUGGGACGGGAGCCGGUCCGCCCCAAAGAAAGGAAACAAGCCAGAUUCUCUAA